AACGGUCGAACGGUCAUGGUGACAGGUAAUAGGUGAAGAUUAGAUUUAAGAGAAAAUACCCUGACUUUUCUUAGUCUGGUAUCUAUAGCUUUAUCAUAAUCAACGAAAAUACAGACAUUAUUGAGUUUUGGAAGUUUGAAUAGAAGGUGUGGCUUAAAAAGUGUCAGGGGUUGUAUUUCCCAAUUUUGUGAGAAAACACGAUUUUGUUUGAUACUCGGUUUUCAUUUCAAACAGCAGUAUAUAAUACACAGAGGAGAGCUUAUAAAACGCCAUUUUUGAGUGGAAUCUACAGGCCGACAGCCACAGAAACUGGCCAUGGCUCGUGCUCAGUCUUCAGCGUUGUUCCUUUUACUCUUAAUUGGAUGGGGGACCAUUUCAUCUGGAGAUCGGACCUCUGACAUCAUUGACAGACUGAGUGCACUUGAAGAAAAAGUCAAUACUUUGGAGCAUGAAGUCCGCAGGCUUAAGGAUAAGGAUACAGCAAAGUCUAACUGUGAAACUGAGGCAGUCAGGGCUGAAAAGGGCGGCGAAGAGACGAAUGCGGAGGUUGUAGGCUACCCCGAGGUAAAAAUUCUGGAGGCCAGGCGGGAGAUAGUCCCAAACGGAGUUAUGUUUACCGUACGUUAUUCUACUGACGGCCAGCAUCCACUUUUUAUCGAGUGGAGAGACAAGGCAAAGAACAAUGAAAAGCUUGAAGAUCUCGAGGACGACCCCCGCCAACAGUACGGCCCUGGGGUACGGGAAUCUCGAGUGAUUACCAGCUCCAGAAAUGGCAGCGUCGGUGUUAUCAUCAAUGGUUUAACUGCUUGGAACUCUUUAGUGUUAGCGAACGACGGGAAGACCGAUCUCGUGCAGACUGAUAUCCCGGAGCUCACUCUGAAAGUGACACCCCCUGGUGACUUGGUCUACGAGCCCGGGAGAAACUUGACCAUGAAGAUAGAAAUUCUGAAGCCCGGAAGAGACAGUUUCAAUAGCCCAACAUUUGUGCUUAUCGAUCCAGAAACAGGGGACCUCAAUAUAACAACACGCGAGCCUCCUUCGGUAAUCGCAACAGACAUCAAGAAAACAGACUUACUGGACACACAAGAGCUGGAAGCGACGCUUAUGACGUCAGUGAUCCCCACAAGAGGUGUCAUCGUGCUUACAGUGGGGAGACACCACAUGGACGAACCGGAGAGCUUGGUGAGGAUGAUUUUGAAAAGUCGCCUGGUUGUACUAAGAGCUUCCAACCAGGCUGGACCUUUCCCUGAAGGUUUCCUGCAGGUCUCCACAGACGAUGCCAUCGGAAAAAAGAUUAACGGGGUACACACAACGUUUUGCGUGGAUGAUAUCGAUGACAGCUGGAAUAACUGCUUCAUUGGGUGCUACGGUGUCGGUCCUGACCUCAGUGAAGUGACUCUGGAACAACUGUUGCUUGAUGGGAGCAGGAAAGAGGUGGCCAGUGAGACUACUCGACCGGGAGAAUACCUAAUGUAUGUCCACACCUCGCCCCAGCCAGAUGAGCAUCACAGUGACAUACGCUAUCAGUGUAGGGCGGUGGACAAUCGUCACGGUGCCGUCGUCAGGCAGGACUAUCUGGUCAAGUUUUAUGUACCCGCGAACGUCAUAGAAGAGGAGUCCGGCGCUUUCUGGGUCAACGCCACGACAUUAGAGAUCAGAUGUGUGGUCCGUAGCAAUACUGAACCGGACAUCGACAUACGUCUCAACCCGUAUCUUGAUGGAGUCAAAGGAGAUGCCGUCGUGGUUCGGAAAAGCGACCAUAAAUUUGUCAGUUCCGCGUUCUUUGAUCUCGAGCAGGUCACUAGACCUUUUCGCCUGCACACCAACAACUACUUUGGGAUGGCCGAAUGCGGUGCAAACAAAGAGGUACCAAUACCAGCUACCUACAACCAUGGUACAUUCUUGAUAGACAUACCACGCCCCCCCCUCCCUGAAACGACCACAACUGCCUAGACCAGGUUGUCCCAAACGAUGAGACACAGCAGAGAGCUAGUUUCCAUGCUGAACUCUCUAUUGUAUAUGUUCCUGUAUUUACUUAAGACAAAAAACGAGAACAAGAACGAGAAUAAGAAAAAGAACAACAACAACAACAAAAACAACAUUAUUUUAGUGUAUUAAAAAGCAGCUUAAAUUGCUCAGUUCA